UUACUCCUCCUCAUCCUCAUCAUGGCCUCCGGAGCGUUGUUCCCCAGCAUGGUGUCCGGGUCCCGCGGCUCCUCCAGCAAGUAUCUGGUGGAGUUUCGUGCCGGUAAGAUGACCAUGAAGGGCAGCACGGUGACCCCCGACAAGCGUAAAGGUCAGGUCUACAUCCAGCAGACCGACGACUCCCUCAUCCACUUCUGCUGGAAGGAUCGGACCACCGGGAACGUCGAUGAUGAUCUGAUCAUCUUCCCUGAUGACUGCGAGUUCAAACGGGUGAACCAGUGCACCACCGGACGCGUCUAUGUGCUGAAGUUCAAAGCUGGCUCCAAAAGGCUUUUCUUCUGGAUGCAGGAGCCUAAGACCGACAAGGACGAGGAGCACUGCCGUAAAGUGAACGAGUACCUCAACAACCCGCCCAUGCCCGGCGCCCUGGGCAGCGGCGGCAGUGGAGGACAUGAUCUGUCUGCUCUGGGAGGCGAGGGCGGCCUUCAAAGCCUUCUGGGUAACAUGAGCCACAACCAGCUCAUGCAGCUCAUUGGACCGACUGGACUCGGAGGGAUCGGUGGUCUCGGAGCGCUGGCUGGUCCAGGUUUAGCCAACCUUUUGGGAAGCAGCAGCAGCAGCAGCAGCGUUCCUGCAGCCAGCAACUCCUCCACCAGCCCCUCCACAGCCGUCACCCCCACCUCCACCUCCACCACCAGUCGGCUCGGCUCCUCCCAGGUGCCCACCACGCCCAUCACCCCCUCCGCCACCACAGCGGCCUCCCCGACAGCCACCACACCCUCCACCCCCGCCGUGACGUCUCUGGCGGCGGGGGCGGCCAAUCCCACACAGCCCAUCCAGCUGAGAGACCUGCAGAGCAUCCUGGCGACCAUGAACGUACCGGCCAGCGGACAGGGAGUGGACCUGGCCAGCGUCCUGACACCUGAGGUCAUGGCUCCCAUCCUGGCGAACCCCGAGGUGCAGCAGCGGCUGAUGCCCUAUCUGCCCACCGGAGAGUCACUGCUUCAGAGCACAGAGGAGCUCCACAACACGCUCAGCUCGCCUCAGUUUCAGCAGGCUAUGAGCAUGUUCAGCAGCGCUCUGGCGUCCGGGCAGUUAGGACCUCUAAUGAACCAGUUUGGUUUGCCUGCAGAGGCUGUCGACGCUGCUAACAAAGGAGACGUUGAGGCUUUUGCCAAAGCCAUGGAGACCGAGACAAAGUCCCCCCAGGACGGAGACUCUAAAGAGAAGAAAGACGACGAUGAAGACAUGAGUUUGGACUAAUAACUCUUUCUGGGGGGGAAUAACUAAUUAUUAUUUAAUGUAUUUAUUUAGCUGCUUCUGCUGUUUUGUAACACAUUAAGGAUAUAGAUUAUGGGUAACAUAGUAGAAACUGUGACUCCCUCUCAGCUGAUAGUGCCGUGUUCAUCCUCCGUCAGCGUUGAAUUAAUAUUUACCGAUCGAACAUGUUUGACCUGCAUGUCAGCUACAAGCCCGUCCUGUCCUAACACAAGGGAACAGUAAAGUAAU